UGCGCUUUAAUUUCGAAACCUCUUCUGUCUGUGAACCUGAGGUGUCUCUAAACUCUUUGCUAUAAUUUGUACGUUUGUAUUAAGUGUUCAGAAAUGGCUGCAAGAUAUGAUAGAGCUAUAACAGUUUUUUCUCCGGACGGUCAUCUGUUUCAAGUGGAAUAUGCUCAGGAGGCUGUAAAGAAGGGCUCCACAGCUGUUGGAAUCAGGGGUAAAGAUAUUGUUGUCCUGGGUGUUGAGAAGAAGUCAGUGGCAAAGCUUCAGGAUGAGAGAACCGUCAGGAAGAUCUGUGCCCUGGAUGAGCAUGUGUGCAUGGCCUUUGCAGGUCUCACUGCAGAUGCCAGGAUUGUCAUUAACAGAGCAAGAGUUGAGUGCCAAAGUCACAGGCUCACGGUCGAGGACCCAGUUACUGUAGAGUACAUCACCCGCUACAUUGCCACACUCAAACAGCGGUACACUCAAAGCAACGGACGCCGUCCCUUUGGUAUCUCUGCCCUUAUUGUGGGUUUUGACUAUGACGGAACCCCACGUCUAUAUCAGACAGAUCCCUCUGGAACAUACCAUGCAUGGAAGGCAAAUGCGAUCGGGCGCAGUGCUAAGACGGUGAGGGAGUUUCUGGAGAAAAACUACAUAGAAGAAUCCCUCGCGAGUGAUAAUGAUGCCAUCAAACUGGCCAUCAAAGCCUUACUAGAGGUUGUGCAAUCUGGGGGCAAGAACAUCGAACUGGCUGUUAUCCGGAGAAACCAGCCCCUAAAGAUUCUGGAGUCCAAAGAGAUCGAAACACUGGUGGCUGAAAUAGAAAAGGAGAAAGAGGAGGAAGCAGAGAAGAAAAAGCAAAAGAAGUCUUCAUAAAUCACUUUCGUGACCGCAUAUUUCCUCUCUUAAUUUUGUUUAUAUGGGCAGAAGGCCCACACUGACUCCACUCCCCCAUCUCUCAUCUGCUAAGAGCACAAUCUCUCAGUCUUCUGCUGGUCCCAGAAUAUGUUAAUUACAACAGACGUAUUAUCCGUUGACUAUGUAUACAAUAUUUACUGAAAGCAUGCUAAGGGUUUGGGGUUACCAAGACAGACAGGAUUGCAGGUUGUCAAGCACGCGCUGCAUUUCAGUCCUGGUCACUUGUAAAGGAGCUCUGCACUACAGAAUUCUGGGAGAAUGUGCUCUGGUCUGACUAUCCUAAUAAACCAUUUUGAUUUGUA